AUGAUCUCAGGCGACCUGUCCUACUACCAUCCUGCAAUAUCCGCUGUUAUUUAUUAUGUCACAGUAUUUUCUAUAGCUGAGAUCACACGAAAGGUGCUCGAAAAGACAGUGCAAAAGUCUUCUUCUCUUUAUGUCUUUGCCAUCGAAUUAAUCGCGACGGCACAAAUGUGUACCUGCGUUUAUGAAAAUGGAGUAAUGGUACGAUACUACGGUCCGAUUGCAUUCUUUUUCACAGUCACAAGUUUGCUCACAGCUGGCGCAUUCAUGAACAGGGGUGCAUUCGUCAAUCCUUUGGGGCCAAUAGAAGCUUUUUAUUAUGGAAUAAUUGGGCCUGCUCGCCUGCUAACACUCUUGUCAGCCGAGGCUAUCGGUGGAUUUACCGCAUACCGAUUUGCACGAACUCUGUGGUACCAUUCUGUCCAAUAUUCGCAAGCCCAUCAAGAAAUCUUUUCAAAUCCGUAUUGCGCUAUUCAAUACAAGAUCUCUUUUCCACUCGUAAUAGCGUUUGAGAUGAUUGGAUGUUUCCUUUUGCGGCUAAUUCUUCCGAAUCUCCCUAUUCGCGGAAAAUCUUUUACCGUUGCUGCUACCGUAGCCGCUUUUCUAUCAUUCGCGUUGGUCUACGUUGGAGCACCCGGGCUCAACCCCGUCGUUGCAUCUUCACGGAUGUUUGGCUGCGAUGGCAUUGAUACACAAUGGUUUAUUGCUCUUUACUGGCUCUGUCCGGUAAUCGGAUGGUUGUCCGCUGCGGCAUUGCAGAAAUCUUUGACGAAGAAAGCGCCAAAGAAACUGAAGAAGAAGAGCAAUUGAAUGUGGAUGAUUUGCAAACUCAAGUUCACGUGGCCUUUGGCGCUUCGGGCAAAGUCGCCGUAAUUCUCAUAUUGUUCAUUCAGGAAGAUGAUGCGUGUAGUAUGAUAUAUAUUCGAAACAUUAACUAUAUAGUAAUUAGGAUAAAUAAUAUAGAGUAACUGAAAC